UCAGAGCGUGGCUAAAACACUUAUUUAGUUUUGUUUUUAUUCAGUUUAUUCAUCUCUCCAUGAAUCCAGAAUCCAUUGAAGUACUGAGCGAGUCGCUGCGCCAAUCGGAGCUGCAUGCCAUCGGCCUGCUCGGCUAUCCCACGGUGGUGCUCCCGGGCCAGCCCACCCUCAAGCUGCAGGUGACCGUGCGCUCCUCCAACUACGAUCAGGUGGCCACGAAAGAUCCUCGCAUCGGCUGCAAGUUGAUCUUCACCUACACCGAGAUGUAUCCCCACCUGUUGCCCAAGGUAAACAUCACUUCGAAGAAGAAUUUCCCCGACUUUUUCGAGCUGCAAAUGCUGGAGGAGUUUCGGCGCAUAAGGAGACUGAAUCGAGGCGCCACGUACAUCCUUUCCAUUGUGACCAAGGCCAAGGACAUGAUGGAGCAGAUGGUCCGGAAGCUGAAGCGUCAGAGGCAAGCGUCCAUGGCCGCCGAGGAGCUGGAUGUGCUCUAACGGCCCAACCAAAUUCUAGUGUAAAUAAAAUUGUAGAUUAAGCAAAUAAAAUUAUGUUCAUUUGUGGUCCAUUUGUGGUUGGCUGCCGUUGCCCGCCGAAUAUCUUUUGAUUAGCAGCCGCAGCGCCAUGGAAUGGCCAGAAUCAGAAUCCAGGUCAUGUAGCCCA